GCCGCCGGGCUCGCUCCCGGUGCCGCGGGCAGGAGCAGCCGCUCCGGGCCGGGCACCGGGACCGAGCCCGGCGGGGCCGCUCGGGCCGGGGCUUGGCCGGGGGAGAGCGGCGGUGCUUACCUCCUGCAGACGCUGAGCCGGGGCCGGCACCGGAGGACGGCGGGCGGCAAUGGAGCUCGGCCGCGGGACGGGCACCGGGACCAGGACCGCGACCGGAGGACCGAGACGCUGAGCCGGUACCGGAGAACGGCGGGCGGCGAUGGAGCUCGGACGGGCACCGGGACCGCGACUGGAGGACCGAGACGCUGAGCCGGUACCGGAGAACGGCGGGCGGCGAUGGAGCUCGGACGGGCGCCGGGACCGCGACCGGAGGACCGAACCCGGGACCGGACUCGGUAUCAGGCUGGGCACCGGGACCGGCCCCGGGAGCGCCGCCGGGCUUGGCCCGGCUCGGCUUCGCCGCCUCUGCCCCGGCGCCGCGGGCGGGAGCCGCUCCGGGCCAGCCCCGGGACACCCCCCGAACCCGCCGGGCUCGCAGCCCCGCCGCUCAGACACCCCCGACACCACCGCACCCCUCCCCGGGGACGACAUCGCCCGCCCGCCCCUUUCCCGGGGCCGCAGCCCCGGGGGGUUCUCGCCCGCAGUGCCCCCCGCAACGGGGGGGUCUGGGGCCCGCCGGGGCUCCGGGCACGGUCCCGCGCCGGCCGCGGGGAGCCGGGGCUGUGCCGGGGCAGGGAAGAACGGUGGCGGCCCUUUCCUCGUUCUUCCCGUGCUCCGGGAUCCCGAGUGGAGCUGCCUAGCUGUCCGCGUGUCCCUGUGUCUGUCCACAGGCAGCCCCGGGAGCUGGCGCUGACUGUGCCGCGGCUCGGGCACGGGCUGGUCCCGGCCCUGCCUUCGGAACAGCUACAGGAAGAAAAAACAGAAAACCUCCUACCUGGCCGCUGCCGCGCCGUUCCCAGGGACAAAGGAGCCAAGCGAGUCCGGAGCGUUCCCUCGCUCCGAAGCACCGGCGUUUGGCCGAGGGUCGCCAUCCGGUCCCGUCUGCAGGGGGGCGUCUCCUCCAGGGCACGAUGAGCCGUGUCCAGCACUGCCCUGCCGGGGCUCACGGCGCUCC